GCGGAAACGCCCAUUUAUCUGAACGGACAGUUAUGACGGAGACGGCGCGAGCGUUCUGACGUUAUUUAACCGGCUACUGUACUAAAUGUGCUUAAGAAACACUGACCACGAAGGUAAACAGUAAAAGGUUGAGUUUUAAAGUUAGCACAGGUGUUUGGUGUUUCUUUCUGACCAGCACAGCCCUUUCUGACGUACACUUUGUAACAUGACAGUCACUGAAUAGAGACUGGAUUCCGACCCGUGCACUAUGUUUCCGCUGGACACACCGUGGAAUAUUUCCUUCGCAGGCUGUGGGUUUCUAGGGAUUUACCAUAUUGGAGUAGCGAGCUGUCUGCAGCAACAGGCGCCUUUCCUCACUGAUAACGCGCAGAACAUCUACGGAGCUUCCGCAGGAGCGCUCACUGCUACAGCGCUGGUUAGCGGCGCCUGUCUGGGAGAAGCGGGCGCAAGAAUCAUUGAUGUUGCAAAGGAAGCCAGGAAGCGUUUUUUAGGACCAAUGCACCCUGCCUUUAACCUGGUGAAGAUCAUGCGGGAAAUGAUGUCCCGGGUACUUCCACAUGAUGCAUACGUCAAGGCCACUGGCCGACUAGGCAUCUCUCUCACCCGUGUCACAGAUGGGGAGAAUGUGCUGUUGUCUCAAUUCAACAGCAAUGAUGAACUGAUACAAGCGUGUGUGUGCAGUGCUUUUAUUCCGGUGUACUGUGGCCUUAUCCCUCCCAGCUUGCAGGGAGUGCGUUAUGUAGAUGGAGGAAUCACUAAUAAUUUGCCUCAGUACGAGCUGAAGAACACCAUUACAGUAUCUCCAUUCUCAGGGGAGAGUGAUAUCUGUCCCCGUGAUUACAGCUCCACCAACCUGCAUGAGCUCAGAUUUACCAACACAUCUAUACAGUUCACACUCUGCAAUCUUUAUAGAGUCACCAGAGCGCUGUUUCCUCCGGAUCCACAAGUGCUGGAGACAAUGUGCAGGCAAGGAUACAAUGAUGCAAUGCUUUUCCUAAAGAAAAAUGGCUUGUUACUGUUCCAGUGUCCUCAGCACCCACUGAGUAACGGUGGCAUGAGGAUUGAGGACGUGUCAGAGAACGAUAAUGAGAAUGAUCAAAGGCAUAGGAGAGAAAGAGAGAUGAUGCCUGGGACUCCAUCAAGUGGAGAUGAACAUAUAUUUGAGUACUUACCUCCACAGCUGCAUAGGGCUCUUACAGCAGCCUGUAAUGAAGGACCACGUCCCAUACAGUCUCUAAGCAACAUGCUGCCAGUCAGGAUGCUGUCGGCCAUCUUCGUGCCAUGCACACUGCCACUGGAGUCAGCUCUGUCAAUGAGUAUCAGGUUGUUGGAGUGGCUGCCUGACAUCCAAGAAGAUGUGGGCUGGAUUAAAGAUCAGACUGUGAAGCUGAUGAAUUAUAUUCUACAACAUGCCAGCAGGAAUGUGUCCCAACAGCUGAUGGGAAGAUUGCUUUAUCAGAUGGAGUUGAGGCAUGCUCAGUCUGCACCAGCAGGUUUUAGUGCUGCCAGUCUGCUGCCAGGUUGGGUGUGGAGACGCAGCUCAUCUGUGCUGGAUGCUAUCCACAGUUUGGAGCAGUACCAGCAUCAGCUCCUGCCAGGCUUCUGCUUCCUUAACUUGAAUCUAUAUGGCUCCGUCAGUGCUAGAUCUCCCCAAACACCCCCUUCUCCUGCUAUACAUGAAGACUCGGAUGAAGGUUUGACUAUGCGUCCCGUGGGGGCCAGUAAUGCUGCCUUGCUUCCAGAAAAUAAUCAAAUGAAGGAACUUCCCCUCUCAUAAUGUACUUUUUUAGCCAUGUGAUCAACAAGAGCCACCGGCAUAACAAUAAUAUACUCAAUGCAAGAGAUAAAGCAGGAAAAAGCAUCAUAACAAGUGAGGUUAUUAAUAUCCUAAAAUGGUGUUUAAAGUAUGUAUUGGUUAUUUAUUUACUUAUUAACUCAUAAAGAUAAACUGGAUGUACUAUUGCUUUUAUGCGAUAUCCCAAUCUGUAACUUAAUUAUGUGUUUUGGGUGUGUGGAACCUAUAGGCAGCUUAAGGGCUUUAUAUUUCUGACCUAAACAAAAGUCUUUAUUGGGAGGUGGCAUCAGUUUGUCCUAGGGCAGCAUGUACAUGCCUCAAAGAACAGGUCUCAGUGGUAGUGGUGAUAAAAGAUUUAUUAUUAUUAUUAUUAUUAUUAUUAUUAUUAUUAUUAUUAUUAGUAGUAGUAGUAGUAGUAGUAGUAAAAUAAUGAAUUGUUAUUUAGAUGUUCUAAUAAGUUCUAGACUUACCUACUUUGGAAAACAAAUCAUAGGUUCCCUUAAAGGUACAUUAAGCAAAAUAUAUGGUUAAGUAGGUGUUUGACGUUUUUUUCCCUCGAGCAUUAUUCCUGCUCAUGUUCAUGAAGCUCCACCACCCGGAUCUAACCUGACCUGACAUUUUACACAACGCUUUCCAGGUCAUUUGUUCAAUUAAGGAAUGAAACCAACUGACUAUUGGACCAUUAAAGAGGGCUUUAAGAAUGUGUUGAGCAUUAUACCAAGAUAUAUUUUAGAGUAUGAUGUGUUUCUUGUCUCCUUUGUUUGUUGACCAUUUGGCACUUCAAUGCAAUGUAAUGUAGCCUGUAUUUUCAGUGAAAUUCCUGCUUCCCAAACCCACAGACUGUCUUGUCAGAUUUUGUUCAUUUUAUAGCAGAUAGCUGAUACUCAUGACUUACAUUUUAGUACAGUGUGAUUGAAGUUUGACUCUUUGUUUUAAUAAUAAACUAAUUUUAAAUAAA